AUGUUAUUGAAGAAUGGCCAUCUUAGGGAGUUCUUGAGCGAUCGAGCCAAGAACAAUUACGUCCGUAGCCGGGAUAAUGCGAAGCGUUUAAAGAUAACAGAAAACCCCCAUCGGUUGACUAUCAACAUAAUUUUCGGACAGAAUGAAAUUAAUAGCGUAACCUUCUUGGCGGCCAAGAAAAUAAAGAUAUUAGUGGCUCACAACGAGAGACAUCGGGAAGUCACAGAAGAUGACAUCACUUUCAUGGAGGAAGAUGCCAACGGAUUGCUUCUACCACGUAAUGACGCCUUUGUAAUUUCUCUCAAUAUCUUAUAUUUCAAAAUUAAGCGUGUUUUGGCCGAUCCAGCAAGCUCAGCCAUCAUCAUUCAUUGGAGAGUGCUGGAGAAAGCAAAGUUAACCGGGAGCAUCAUUCUAGCAACAAAGCUUCUCACUGGGUUCAACUUGGCAAGCGUGAUGACCCGAGGAGAGAUCCUGCUUCGCACGAAUGCCGAAGGGAUAAAUAAGACCACAUUAUUCAAAGUGGUCGACGGCGACAUGGUUUACAACGUAAUCCUCGGAAGGCUGUGGAUACAUGAGAUGAAAGUUGUGCCCUCGACCUAUCAUCAAUUGUAG